GGCUGUGCCAUCUGCAAGGGCAGUGCCUGGUUUACGAUUUGCUGUAUGCACACAACAAAGUUUGGAAACACAGUAGCGCCGCCGCGUUUUAAUAUUGGAUACAUUGUGGACACACACGGCUUUCCUGGGUUGCUUCCUCCUGCGCUCUAAGUAUAUUUUAUACACUUGUUUCCCCCCUGUCCGAAAGCUACGGGAUAUGUCGAGAGACGGAGGCGUUGCUUCCUCUACCCAAAGCCUGCUCAAGUUGGGACCCUGACGCGCUAUGACAUGAAGGAUCAUACAUGUGGACGUCACUGAAGUUGCAAAACAGGAGGACGACUCUUGCAUUUUUCCGCUGAACUGAUCUCUUAACGAUCCACCUUGCCUCAGGCAACACAGUGGGCUGGCCUGCUGUUAGACUAUCUUUUGCCACCUGUCAAACACUACUGCCAUCAUGCAGACCUCAUCGCUCCGCCGCCAGAUGAAAAACAUGGUAAACAACUACACAGAGGCUGAGAUCAAGGUCCGGGAGGCCACUUCUAAUGACCCUUGGGGUCCUCCCAGUUCGCUUAUGUCUGAAAUCGCAGACCUGACCUUCAAUGUAGUGGCUUUUACUGAGGUUAUGGGUAUGAUCUGGAAGCGGCUCAAUGACCACGGUAAAAACUGGCGCCAUGUUUAUAAGGCACUGACCCUGGUGGACUACUUGAUCAAAACAGGCUCUGAGCGUGUGGCUCAGGAGUGCAGAGAGAACAUAUACACCAUCCAGACUCUGAGAGACUUCCAGUACAUAGAUCGGGAUGGACGUGACCAGGGUGUCAAUGUCCGUGAGAAGGCCAAGCAUCUAGUAGCUCUCCUGAGGGAUGAAGAAAAGCUAAAGAAGGAGAGGAGCCAAGCACUGAAGACCAAGACACGCAUGGCAGGGGUCACUGGUGGCUUGGGCUCUGGAUCCAUGCCUCCUCCAUAUCCAGGUCGCCGCACUAGCCAUCCCAGUUCAGCAGGGCUGUACGGGGAUGAGACUGGCAGGUGCAGAGGCUCACCAACCUCCGUCCACUCCUCCUCUUCCUCUCCUCGACUUGCUCCAGACCUGGAGCAAGCUCGGCCCACGACCAGCGGAGAAGAGGAGCUGCAGCUGCAGCUGGCCCUGGCGAUGAGCCGAGAAGAAAGUGAAAAGCCACCUCCCACAGUGGAUAUUGAUGAACAGACCCAGCUCCAGAUCGCUAUGAGUCUCAGCAAGGAAGAGGCCCAGAAGCCAGCCGAACCUGCACCUGCCACAGUGGAUAUGGAUGAGGAUACCCAGCUCCAGUUAGCUCUGAACAUGAGCAAGGAGGAGCACCAGCAGGAGCAACUCAGUCGUCAAGGAGAUGAGUCGAUGCUCCGGAAAGCUCUGGAGGAGAGCAAACUUGAGAUGCAGUCGAAAGGCGGGACUGCCUUCAUGGACCUGGUAGAUGUUUUUGCAGUGCCCAUAGAUCCACCUCCAAGUGACCAAAACUGGAAUAAUGCCCCAUACCAGGCAGCUGCUCAUGCGGGCGGCACAGACCCCUGGGACUCUCUGGAAGGCAGCACCAACACCUCGAGAGUAGAGUCUCCCUGGAUGGCACCGCCAACUUCCAACAGCCCUCCCCCACCAUGGGAACCAAGCCAGCCCCCAGCUGACCCCUGGGACGGCCCACAGAGUAAUGUCUCCAACCCCAACGCCACAGGUCGAGUAUGGGCCUUCCCGGCUGUCACAGGUGUGUGUGUGUUUGAUCCAUUCUCAGCCCCAUCGGCUCUCAAGGUACCUUCUCCCCGAACUGGAAGUCCCUCAGAUGGGGAUCUUUUUGAUGAAGCCAUGGAUGGAGGUCGGGUGAAUGUCAAUGGACGAGGGGAGGGCAGUCCUGAGCUAUUUGACCUGUCCCGUCUUGGAGAAAGCCUGGCUGCCCCCAGCCCUCGUUCAUGUCGAACCCCUGAGUCCUUCCUAGGCCCCACAGCAGCUUCAUUGGUGAACCUGGACACCUUGAUCCCAGCAAAUGCCCCAGCCAAGAACAAGAACCCCUUUCUAUCAGGCCUGAGUGCUCCUUCAGCCACAAAUCCAUUCCAAGCUGAGCAGACCAGACUAACUCUGAAUCAAAUAGGCUCUGGCUCUGGUUCCACCUCUGCUGCCACUUCUCUUUCGUACAGUGCCUCGUUGCCCCUGCCUAUGAGCCACCAGCCUGCCAGCCUUCCAGCAUCACUCACUCACCCCACCCAGCCUGGUGUAGGCCUGCCAGUGAGCCUCCCUGAGCCCUUGUUGCCCCUCUCCACAGCCAGCUCUCAGGGGUCACAGGCAGCACAGAACAAUCAGAACCCUUUCUUAUGAGGACCAACUAAACUGGAGAAAAAUACCAUAGAAAAAGGGGAAUACCAUUAGGUUUUGCUUUUGAAGUAUCACUAUAACCACAGAUUGAACUACAUCCCCCAAAGCCUUGUAUGAAAUCCCUAUUCCUAGUUGUUUUUAUAUUGUGGUAUAAUACAGUAACCCUUAGACUGAUGCAAGCUGGUUCUUCUCUUCACGGCAACCUGUCCUGCUCCUCUUGUCAUGAAUGCAGUAAUAGGUCAUAAGAUAUAAUGCCUAUAUAUCAGAAAAUGUCAUGUAAUGCCAUGUAAAUCUUUCUUAAGACUAUAACCUAUUGCUAAUUAACUUCAGAUAGACACCUACAAAAAAGCACAGUUUUUUUGAUAUUUUGUUGUCACUGUACUUCGCCAUAAUUUCCAGGCACUUUGAUACUAGUCAACCUAGUAUCCGGCUCACUCAGCUGUUUGUGUUAUUGGCGUAACUGGAUGCUGAUGUCAUAUACUUUCUCAUAAGCGUUGACAGUGACUAAAAGACAUGGCCAGUCCCUGAAACGUUUCUGCAUCCACAUGGUUAAGUCUAUGGAGCUUCUGUUGGACCAGAGCUGAUGAUAACAUCAGCAUAUAUAUAAUGUUACUAUAGUAAAAGGAAUUGCUGGGGUUAACUGGAUAAAAUUGGAGUUUGGGAGGACUGUAAGUGCUUCAGAAUUUACUAUAAGCAAAGCAACAUUAGAAAAUGUAUGAAUCAUGAAUUUUAUUAAUUGUUUGUGAACCACUGACUCAUCAAAUACAA